AUGAACCCGACCAACCAUGACGACGAUAAAAACUCCACCUCACCAACCAGUGAUGUUGCAUCCGCCCUUGCGACCGCCAACCAUGCGAGACCACGACCGAAGCAUAUUCCGCGUCACACGUCCAAUAGCUACAUGGACUAUGCAAUCAACCGCGACACAGCACUUCGUACAGCCAUCCACCAUCUGGAGCAAGAGCUUGGAACACACAGCCCUAUAUCACACCUUUCACUGAGGACAGACACGCUGACGCUGCAUCCACACACUAGUCAGAGCAAGUUGUCGGCCCAGGAGCUCAGCGAUCUCCAGAAGGCCACUCACUUCGACAAGAAGGAAUUACAGCAAUGGUACAAGGGUUUCCUCAAGGACUGUCCCUCGGGCAUGCUCACCAAGGAGGAGUUCCAGAAGAUCUAUAAGCAGUUCUUCCCGUUCGGAGAUCCGUCAUCAUUCGCCGAUUAUGUGUUCAAUGUCUUUGAUGCAGACAAAUCGGGCUCAAUUGACUUCAAAGAGUUCAUCUGCGCCCUGAGUGUAACGAGCAGGGGCAAGAUGGAGGAUAAGCUGGACUGGGCGUUCCAACUAUACGACAUUGAUGGAGACGGACAAAUCAGUUACAACGAGAUGCUGGCCAUUGUCGAGGCUAUCUACAAGAUGGUUGGAUCGAUGGUCAAAUUGCCCGAAGACGAAGACACACCAGAGAAGAGAGUGCGCAAGAUCUUCCGCAUGAUGGACAAGGACGAGAAUGGCAGUCUGGAUAUGGCCGAGUUCAAGGAGGGAUCCAAGCGUGACGAGACGAUUGUUUCGGCGUUGUCGCUAUACGACGGACUGGUGUAA